AUGGAUGUUAUUUUCUGGAAGUUUAAAAGGACUUGUGUGUAUCUUAGGAAAUUAUAUCAGCUAGUUUUGUGAUAUCUUCAGAACUUCAUUAGAUUAAAAAUACGAAAAGCCAACAUUCUUUUAGUAAUUUUAUAGCUAUGCCUCGUAUUUGCUUUGUUCCUGGAUGUCGCACUCAUAAGGCCUAUUACGAGCGUGGGGUCGCAAUGUUCUCCUAUCCGCGGAGCGAUCCGGAGCUUUUAGUCGCUUGGAAUAAGGCUUGCUCCAGAGCAGAAACGUUUGAACCACCACGGCAUGCCUGUGUAUGCGAAAAACAUUUUGAGCCAAGUGAAAUCACUGACAAAACAACCGGACGUGCGACAUUGCAACGCGAAGCUGUUCCUUCACGUUUUUUAGAUGGCUGGAAGCCGAAUGAUACACCAAAAUCUAUUUCAGAUUCUAACACGUUCCUGAAAGACGACGAUAAGGAACCAAUAAAAACUAAUAAAAUCAUAGACGCUGUUAUCAGUAAUAAAUCUAAGAUAUUCCAGGUUGAAGAAGUUUUCCUAGAAACCAACAGCGAAGGCACAAUGAUUUCCGAAGUAAAUCAAUUGUUCCCUGACAUGUGCUGUCGUAUGUGUGGAAUCAAACACGAUGGCGAAAAUAUAUUUAACAUUCAACGAGAUUUCCCUAAGGAUAAAUAUACGGAAGCACUGUUAAGUUUAUGUUUAGAAGACGGAGGAAUGUAUAAAACCACAGAAGAAAUAUGUGUAACAUGCUAUCAACAAGUGAAUUCGUUUUUGGAAUUUAUUAAAAUUUGUCACAUCCGACAACGUAACUUGCUCGAGUUGUCCAUUAAAGAGACUGGUACUCACGAAAAAAAUAGUUCGUGUGAAUCUAACAAUUUGCAACCAGCAUUCGUAGAAGAAAACUCAAAUGAAGGUUUGUCAGAUGUUGAAACUUUCGAAAUCAAUCAAAUGGAAGAUGAACAUUUGGACAAUUACAUUGAUAAAUUGAUAGAAAACCUUAAAAUCGAAAAACGACGUUCAAAUUGUCAGCGGUAUUGGGAAUGUUUAGAUUGUCGGAACAUGUUUCAGCAUCGUCACCGUUUAGCUGAUCAUCGACGAACAUGUCCUCUGGUUGGCAGUGUAAAGUCAAAACGUUACGGCACGUUCAUAUGCAAACUAUGUGACAAAGUAUUUAAAACGCUACCUGGGUAUAGGCAUCAUUUGUUAAAAAUGCACGAUCGUGACAAAAUUCAAGCUUCAGGAAGUGAUACACAUUCUUCGAAAAUAGUACACGAAUCAGACGAUAAUUAUCCGGAGGAACUACGAGUUCUAAAAUCUAGAAAGACAGUAGUUUGUCCCAUAUGCUCUGAUACAUUUGAAACUUCCGGUGAUCUACGCUACCAUCUACCGAGUCAUAAGAGCAUGAACAGGGACAAAUCUCGGACAAUCGGUAGAAGUUUCAAUAGUGAGGGAAAGGAUUAUGAUUCGAAACAGCACAUGUGCAGCUUUUGCGGCAAAAUGGAACGAAGCAAUGCAGGAUUGGAGAUACACAUGAAAUUUCACUUGAAACAAAAGGAUUGGGCUUGUGAAUUGUGUGAUAAACAAUAUUAUACGAAGGCUGAUUUGAGACAGCAUGUGUUAACCGUCCAUGAAAAACGAACCUUUACAUGCGAAGAAUGCGGGACAGUGUUGAACUCCAAAAUAACCUUCAGUCGGCACCGUCGAUUGCACAACGAAUCAGAGUUGAAACAAUGUAAUUUUUGCUCGAAAAAAUUCACUACGAAUAACGCAUUAAAGAGACACGUACAGAAAAGGCACCUCAGUCAUACGCGACCUCGUACGCACAGUAUUGAAAUGCCUAUGACAGAGUUAACAUGGGAAGAAAACAACUACGACGAUGAAAUGAUGGUGGAUGAAAAGGAAUGUGCUGACAAAGAGAAAGAAGUAGCUGUGGACACUAUAAAAAAAGAACAGACAUUUGUUACAGGAUAAUGAAAUUCGAGAUAGUUGAUUGUUAAGAAAUGCCUUUUUUGAUGUAUUAUUUCAUAAAUUCGA